AUGUCCGAGCAUCCCAUAUUGUUCGAAUACGAACGUUCACCUUACGCGCAGAAGAUCAGACUCCUCCUUGCAGCAGCCGGCGUAUCAGUGAGACGAUGUGAUCAACCUGCAGUUCUGCCACGCCCAGAUCUGGAAGCGUUAGGCAUCACGUAUCGACGCAUACCACUUCUGGCAAUCGGCAAAGAUGUCUACUGUGACAGCUCGCUCAUCAUCGACACCAUCAUGCAACAUCUGGCCAAAGCGGGAGCGGUGCCUACGUCGUCGGCAGACAAAGCCUUCCAAGACUGGGGUAACGCCACCUUUCACGCCGCGCUAGGUAUGAUACCCUCUGCAGCGCUCCAGGACAAGGCAUUCGUCAAGGACCGAGCCAGCAUCUUUCCGAAGAUUACGCGCAAGGAUAUCACGGAGCUGCGUCCGAGCGCGCUGGCAUCGUUUCGAGCACGCUGCAAGCAGGUCGAGGACAAUUUCCUGCCGAGCAUGGACGGACCUUUUACACAUGGCAAGACUGUCAGCCUAUCCGAAGUGCACUACAUGUGGUCUAUUCGGUGGGGCUUGAUGAGCUUAGGUGCCGCCAAGGAAGCCGGUUUCGGCAAAGACGCUUUCCCAAAGCUAUGGAAGGCUAUUGGAAGUUUGCCGACUGCGACCCCGGAGGCUUUGAGCAGUGACAAGACCAUCGAGGCCAUCCGAGGUGCGGGACAGCCAAAAAUGGGCCCUAAAGGUGUCAUGGCAGAUGACCCGCUUAACCUGGCCGCGGGAACGCCGAUCUCUAUAGAGAGCGAAGACGCAGAACCUGGCGCACAUCCGCAGGUCGGAAAGCUCGUCGGGACUGGUCCGGAUGAGGUGGUGGUCGAGGUUGGCAAGGAUGGAGUCCGUGCACAUUUCCCUAGGGUAGGCUACUACUUCCGGCGUCAAGAGACAUCGAAGAUGUGA